GAGCGCAGGAGAGCUCAGGGCAGGGAAGUGAGUUUGUGCGCGCGGGGGUGCGCGCGUGCGAGAGUGUGUGUGCGUGUGCACGCGCGUGUGCAGGGCCGGGGGCGGGCUCCGGCCCCGCUCCCUCCUCCCGCCCGCGCCCCGCGCUCGGUCGCCAACUCGGGGCCCCGGCGCGGCGGGCGGCGGGCAGCAUGCUGAGCCUCCUCGUCUGGAUCCUCACUCUCUCCGACACUUUCUCCCAAGGGACCCAGACCCGCUUCAGCCAGGAGCCAGCUGACCAGACGGUGGUGGCAGGACAGCGGGCCGUGCUCCCCUGUGUGCUGCUCAACUACUCUGGCAUCGUGCAAUGGACCAAGGACGGGCUGGCGCUGGGCAUGGGCCAGGGCCUCAAAGCCUGGCCACGGUACCGGGUCGUGGGCUCCGCGGAUGCCGGGCAGUACAACCUGGAGAUCACGGACGCCGAGCUGUCUGACGACGCCUCCUACGAGUGCCAGGCCACAGAGGCCGCCCUGCGCUCGAGGCGGGCCAAGCUCACCGUGCUCAUCCCCCCAGAGGACACCAGGAUCGAUGGCGGCCCUGUGAUACUGCUGCAAGCCGGUACCCCCCACAACCUCACGUGCCGAGCCUUCAACGCCAAGCCGGCCGCCACCAUCAUCUGGUUCCGGGAUGGGACACAGCAAGAGGGCGCUGUGGCCAGCACGGAGCUGCUGAAGGAUGGGAAGAGGGAGACCACCAUCAGCCGGCUGCUCAUUAACCCCACAGACCUGGACAUUGGGCGCGUCUUCACCUGCCGCAGCGUGAACGAGGCCACCCCCACCGGCAAGGAGACUUCCAUCGAGCUCGACGUGCACCACCCUCCCACGGUGACCCUGUCUAUUGAGCCGCAGACGGUACAGGAGGGGGAGCGCGUCAUCUUCACGUGCCAGGCCACAGCCAACCCUGAGAUUCUGGGCUACAGGUGGGCCAAGGGCGGCUUCUUGAUUGAAGACGCCCACGAGAGUCGCUAUGAGACGAACGUCGACUACUCCUUCUUCACGGAGCCUGUGUCCUGUGAGGUCCACAACAAAGUGGGGAGCACCAACGUCAGCACCUUAGUGAACGUCCACUUUGCGCCCCGGAUUGUAGUUGACCCCAAGCCCACGACCACAGACAUUGGCUCUGACGUGACCCUCACCUGCGUCUGGGUGGGGAAUCCCCCCCUCACCCUCACCUGGACCAAAAAGGACUCAAACAUGGGGCCCAGGCCUCCUGGCUCCCCACCCGAGGCUGCUCUCUCUGCCCAGGUCCUGAGUAACAGCAACCAGCUGCUGCUGAAGUCGGUGACCCAGGCCGACGCGGGCACGUACACUUGCCGGGCCAUCGUGCCUCGGAUCGGCGUGGCCGAGAGGGAAGUGCCCCUUUACGUGAACGGACCCCCCAUUAUCUCCAGCGAAGCGGUGCAGUAUGCUGUCAGGGGCGACGGGGGCAAGGUGGAGUGUUUCAUCGGGAGCACACCACCCCCGGACCGCAUCGCCUGGGCCUGGAAGGAGAACUUCUUGGAGGCGGGCACCCUGGAGCGCUACACGGUGGAGAGGACCAACUCGGGCAGCGGCGUGCUGUCCACGCUCACCAUCAACAACGUCAUGGAAGCAGACUUUCAGACACACUACAACUGCACGGCCUGGAACAGCUUUGGGCCCGGCACGGCCAUCAUCCAGCUGGAGGAGCGAGAGGUGCUGCCCGUGGGCAUCAUCGCCGGGGCCACCAUCGGCGCGGGCGUUCUGCUCACCUUCUUCUUCAUCGCUUUGGUGUUCUUCCUCUACCGACGCCGCAAAGGCAGUCGCAAGGACGUGACCCUUAGGAAGCUGGACAUCAAGGUGGAGACUGUGAACCGUGAGCCACUUACCAUGCAUUCAGACCGGGAGGAUGACACCGCUAGCGUGUCCACUGCAACUCGGGUCAUGAAGGCCAUCUACUCGUCCUUCAAGGACGACGUGGACCUGAAGCAGGACCUGCGCUGCGAGGCCAUGGACACGCGGGAGGAGUACGAGAUGAAGGACCCCACCAACGGCUACUACAACGUGCGCGCCCACGAGGACCGGCCGGCGUCGCGGGCCGUGCUCUACGCCGACUACCGCGCCCCCGGGCCCGCGCGCUUCGACGGGCGCCCGGCCUCCCGCCUCUCGCACUCGAGCGGCUACGCGCAGCUCAGCUCCUACAGCCGCGCCCCCGCGUCCGACUUCGGCCCGGAGCCCGCCGCCCCCGGGCCCGCCGCCCCGGCCGGCGCCGACUCGGCCAGCACGCUGUCCUACGAGAACUACGACAAGUUCAACCCGCACCCCUUCCCCGCGGCGGCGGGCUACCCCACCUACCGGCUGGGCUACCCGCAGGCGCCACCGUCGGGCCUGGAGCGGACCCCGUUCGAGGCGUACGACCCGAUCGGCAAGUACGCCACGGCCACCCGCUUCUCCUACACCUCGCAGCACUCGGACUACGGGCAGCGGUUCCAGCAGCGCAUGCAGACUCACGUGUAGGCCCGGGGCCGGCCGGGCGCCUCUGCGGGGCAGAGGACGAGGCUGUCACAGCCGUUCCCUGAUAUUCAGGGGCGUUGCGCGUCGCUCCCGGCCCGGCCCAGCCUUCGUCCUCCGCCGCCGGCGCGGCAGGUGGGGAGCAGGUCUCCCGGAAACACCCCUUCCCGAGGAUGGUGCUCUGUGCAUGCCCCAGCCUCCUGGGCCUGCCCUUCCCUCUUCUUCGGGAGGACGUGUCUCUUCCGACCUGGGCUCUCUCCUGGCCCCAGCACGCGGACAGGGAAGCGGAGGUUGUGGAGAGCGGAGGGGACACUUUUUAGCAUUCCCAUUCUGCCCCACCCCUCUGGUCUCCCCUAAGUGGACAGGGGUGUGUGACAAUGAGCAGGCUUUGGCCUAGGGGGGCACGCAGUGGGGGCGAUGGGAGGGGUC